UCCUUGGACAUUAAGUAUAGAAAUUGUGAUAAGAUUUUUGAGGUUGUUUGUUGUUGAGGAUGAUUUGUUUGUGAAUUUUAUAGUUGGAGUUGAUAGGGUGGGUGUAAGUAUGGGACUUAUAAAAUUAGGCAGAAAUAAUUGA